CGCAUGAGCAUCUGUCAAAUCUGUUCAGGGUGGGAGAGUUGUUGUGAAUUAAAUGGUGUCUGGUCUUCUAUCUGCUUUACCUAUGAAUUUAAGAAGAAUAUGUCCAGCUUGAAACUUGUCGGAUAGAGCCUCAAUUGAAGUGGCAUCGUGUUGUAGCAUAGAGCAUGAGUGUGGGCCAUAGCUAGAUAGUCGUGCUUGCGGUCAUGUUGGAGACGAGAUCGAUGCGCGGCACACCGGAUCCACCUUCGUGGCAAGCCAAAAGCAACUACGGUGUCAGGCCGCCACCGCAUCAUAUGGCAACCCCUAACAUGAGACAUGGCAAAACGAACCAGGACGAUGUUUGUUAUGUUGUUGCGAAGUACGAUUAUGCGGCACAAGGAACCCAAGAGCUUGACCUACGAAAAAAUGAACGAUAUUUACUCCUCGACGACUCCAAGCACUGGUGGAGGGUGCAAAAUUCGCGAAAUCUCUCCGGAUACGUGCCGAGUAAUUACGUUAAGAAGGAGAAACCGUCACUGUUCGACAGCAUUAAGAAGAAGGUAAAGAAAGGUUCGGGGUCGAAGACGUUACCGUCGAACAAUUCCCCUUCGCGUGCGGUCGAGUCGCCCAACAUGACUAGGAGGUUGCCCGCAGAUCCUUCGGAGGCGAUCGGAGUCGCCGUCGUCAAAUAUAACUACCAAGCUCAGCAGCCGGACGAACUUUCGCUGGUUAAAGGCUCGCGAAUACUCAUACUCGAGAAGAGCAAUGACGGUUGGUGGCGAGGUCAGAGCGGCAACGCGGUCGGCUGGUUUCCGUCGAACUAUACUCAAGAGGAAGGCGACGGCGACGAUACCCUCCACACGUACGCGAUGGCCGAAAACGUAUUAGAUAUUGUAGUAGCUUUAUACUCAUUUUCGUCAACGAACGACCAAGAGCUCUCCUUCGAGAAGGGAGAUCGGUUAGAAAUUUUAGAUAGACCGCCUUCCGAUCCGGAAUGGUACAAGGCGCGUAACGCUCAAGGCCAAAUUGGACUCGUCCCCCGCAAUUAUCUCCAAGAGCUGUCCGAGUAUCUGACGCAGCCGUACCAGGAACGGAGGCAGGAACGUACCGAAUUAGUCGAGAGGCCGCCGCCGCAGCAGCAGCCGGACGGCAUCGCGUCCGAUCGGCCCCAUCUCAUCGGUAAACCGUGGUACUACGGCUGUAUCACCCGGAAUCAGUGCGACGGCGUCCUAAAUCAGCACGGCCACGACGGUGACUUUCUCAUUCGUGAUAGCGAAACAAAUGUCGGCGACUACUCGGUGUCACUGAAGGCGCCCGGUCGUAAUAAGCACUUCCGAGUGCACGUGGAGGGGGCGCUUUACUGCAUAGGCCAACGAAAAUUCCAUACCCUCGACCAACUGGUCGAUCACUACCAGAGAGCUCCUAUUUAUACGAAUAAGCAAGGCGAAAAGCUUUACUUAGUACGGCCGCUUCCGAAGCCGAGUUAAGUAGGCGCACUGUAUAAAAGAUUAGUUAUAUUUCUGCUCCUGUAUAUCGAAAUGAAAGAAAAAAAGUAAUUUAUGUGUUUCGUGUGCUCUUUUUCACUUUAAUUACGACAGUAAGUGUACUGAAUCUGGUCAGAUUUGUUUUUUUUUUUGUUUGUUUUUCUUAUAUUUUUCUAUUUUUAUUACAAGGUACACGUAGAUGGAUGUGAACGAUUUGUACUGAGGCAGUUUUUUGUAUAUAUAGGUUUUCGAAAGGAUCAUAGCAUCUACGAGUAUAACUUUUGAUGUAUUUAGUGAUAGUUUACGGCAUGCUCAUUUGAAUUUUGUACAAAUUUUCGUGAAUUACCUAUACGGCUUUAUACUUUUUUUACGAUAAAGCAUGAGAGGCUUUGCUUUUAAGUGCGCUUUAGUGUCAAUUUAAUACGCUAAAUCCAAUUUAGACAAAUAUAGCCAUAUCAGUUUGUCACGUUUAGUUUCUGGACGGAAGUGAUUUAGCCUAAAAAAAAAUGAGUGAUGAGGGUUGCCACUUGAGAUCACUGCGAAGUGAUUUUUUAAACGUAAAUUUAAGUAUUUGUGAUAAUGAGAUUAUUGUCACUGUACUUUUAUUGCCUACAGUGUCCGUGCGAACAGAUCCGUUUAUGUAAUCUCAGAUCUUACAUCACAGGUCAAUAAAAUUUUGAUAUUAGAUUAUCUAUAACAAUAGUUCGUAAUUUAGUGGAUCGCAUAUUAACUGUAAACAUUCAACAGGACGAUAAAUUUAAGUCGAAGCAGAAUUAUUUAUGUAGAUCAUAGUCAUAGACAUAUUAUUUUUCGCGCUUUGUGAACAAUCUGUCCUUAAAAGUACGAAAAUAUGUGUAUAUUAAUUAAUAAUACAGGAAGUUUGUGUGAAACUAUUUCAAUUUAUUACUCAACUAAUUAUAAAUAAAGUAAUGAACAAUC